AUGGUGAAGUCGUACCAGCGUUUCGAGCAAGCUGAAGCUUUCGGUGUUAUCAGCUCUAAUUCCAAUUGUGUCUUUAUUCCACCGGAAAGCAAAAAGGGACACAGCGUCGGGCAAGUUAUAACAAGUGCUCUUGAGAAUGUCAACUUAUGGGAUCUGAAGACUGCAGAUCUUGUCACCUGCCUCUCCGACGGACAGCCCCCUGGCUCUAUUGAUGCUAAAACUACGAAACCUGCCGAGGUUACUUGUCUUGAACGUCAUCCAGAAACCAAUCUUCUGGCGCAAGGCUCCGCAGAAGGUGUGAUCAAAGUAUGGGAUCUUAUGUCGCAGACUGUUCUUCUGACACUCAAUGGACAUAGAUCAGCAGUUACACUAUUAAAAUUCGAUUCCACGGGUACUAGGUUGAUCUCGGGAUCUCAAGACUCAAACAUCAUUAUGUGGGAUUUGGUUGGAGAAGUUGGGCUUUACAAAUUGCGUUCUCACAAGGACGCUAUAUCUGGCCUGUGGCUUCAGGAUGACAGUUGGCUAGUGAGCACAUCGAAGGAUGGUUUUAUAAAAAUCUGGGAUUUAAAGACACAACAGUGUGUCGAGACACACAUCGCUCAUACGGGCGAAUGCUGGGCCCUUGGCAUAUAUGAAGAUUUCGUCAUCACAACCGGAGCGGACUCCCAGGUGAAGGUGUGGCAAUUGCAACUUGAGAACGAUGCUGGCUCGAAGCUAACCGAGAAGGGAGCAUUCGACAAAGAAAGCAAGCAGAGAGGAUCAUCAGUCGAAUUUAUUGCAACCGCAGACGGCUCAAUAUUUUUCUUUAUCCAGAAUGCAGACAAAACUGUAGAGGUUUUCAGAAUUAGAAAGGAGGAAGAGAUCGCAAAGGCCACCAGGAAGAGAGAAAAAAGAUUGAAGGAAAAGGGCCUUUCUGAUGAGGAAAUCAAGAAGAAUAUUGAAGAUGCCUAUACAUCCAUGAUUGUCCAUCGCUUUCAAACUUUAAGAUCAAACUUCAAAAUUAAGGCCGCCAGUUGGGCACAAGUCACCUCGUCAAAGCUUGAUAUUAUAACGACUACAUCCAACAAUACUAUAGACUACUAUUCAAUUCCUUAUCAAAAGAAGGAUCCCAAACUCCCAGCUCCUAUCAAACUGCACAGCAUCGAACUCCAGGGUCACAGGACUGACGUACGUGCCAUCGACAUCAGUAACGACAAUAGCUUGCUGGCGACUGCAUCCAACGGCUCACUCAAGAUAUGGAAUCUAAAGACAAGGAAGUGCUUGAGAACAUUCGAAUGCGGCUAUGCUCUAUGUUGCAAGUUUUUGCCUGGCGGAUUUCUGAUAGUUGUGGGGACGAGAAACGGUGAAUUACAGCUUUUCGAUCUUGCAUCAUCAACGAUGCUAAAUAACAAAGAAUGUGCUCAUGACGCUGCCAUUUGGACCCUCGACAUUACUACAGAUGGUAAGAAACUUAUUACCGGUUCAGCAGACAAAACUGUUAAAUUUUGGGCUUUCCAGGUCGAGCAAGUUCCUUUGGCUGGUUCAGGUGACAAAUUUACUUCAAUUAUGAGAAUCACGCAUGAUACAACUCUAGAGUUGAACGACGAUGUUCUAUGCGUCAAACUCUCACCUGAAAACAGAUAUCUAGCUGUUUCCUUGCUUGAUAAUACGGUCAAAGUGUUCUACUUUGAUACCAUGAAAUUCUACCUAAGUUUGUACGGGCAUAAGCUGCCUGUUCUCUCGAUCGAUAUCUCUUUUGACUCGAAGAUGAUCAUUACUUCCUCAGCGGACAAAAACAUCAAGAUUUGGGGUCUAGACUUUGGUGAUUGUCAUAAAUCGCUUUUUGCCCAUCAGGACUCAAUUAUGAGUGUCAAAUUCUUACCUGAAUCUCAUAAUUUCUUCAGUUGUUCAAAGGACGCGCUAGUUAAGUAUUGGGACGGUGACAAAUUUGAGUGUAUCCAAAAAUUGGCUGGUCAUCAAAGUGAAGUAUGGGCCCUAUCGGUCUCUUAUGAUGGUAAAUAUGUUGUAUCUGCUUCACAUGACCGUAGUAUCAGAAUAUGGGAGGAAACGGAAGAUCAAGUCUUUCUAGAAGAAGAAAGGGAAAGAGAGCUGGAAGAGCAAUAUGAAGGUUCUUUGUUAUCCUCACUUGAAGAGGGAUCUGCUGAUGCGGCAUUCAAAAGUGAUAUAACUAACAAUGAAGAAGAACAGAACGAGGCUGCCGACGUACGUAAACAGACAAUCGAAUCUCUGAAAGCGGGCGAGCGACUGAUGGAGGCCCUAGAUUUAGGAAUCCCUGAGAUUGAAAACGAGGAACGAUAUGAGGAGGACAUGAAGUUAUGGAAUAGGAAAAAAAUUGAUUCAAAGCCGAUCAAACCUACAAAACAUGCCAUCUUAAUUGCGAUGAACAAAACCCCGCAGGAAUAUAUUAUGGAAAUUCUCGCCAGGAUCCAUCCCUCUCAGCUCGAGGACGCUCUGCUGGUCCUUCCGUUCUCUUAUGUUCUGAAAGUUCUCAAGUUUAUCGACAAAGUGUUGCUCGAUGAGAGACUGCUGCAGCACAAUCUGCCGUUAAUAUGCAAGAACUUGUUCUUCAUCGUCAGGUCAAAUCAUAGAGAACUCGUAUCGCAGAAGAAUGAAGAACUAAAACUGCGCAUUACGCGAGUAAAGGAUAGAUUAAGAGGGGCUCUGAAAUCCACCCAAGACGACUUAGGAUUCAAUAUUGAAGGGUUAUUUUUCAUCAGACAACAAUGGAACCUUCGCCACAAGUUCGAGUUUACCGACGACUACAGCCAAAGAGAAUUGGAUGAUAAAAGAAAGAAAAGAGUGUUUGAAACUUUGGCUUAG